CUGAACAGCACUUUUUUCAGAUACUGUCUCCCUCCGCCCGUGCGCGCCCUCGGACAUGGAGAGGCCGCUGGUUCAUGCAGGCCUGGGGCGGCUGGCCCGCUCGCAGAAGGGCGUAAUGGACCUCCUGGCGGCGCAGGAGGCGCUGCCCAAGCCCCUGGGCGCCCGCGCAGCCGUGCUGGUCUUCCUUCCCGAGUCGGAAGGAGGAGUUCGACCGAUAGUGAACAGCCCACUGCCCAUGCGCAUCUGGGGCAGCCCGAGGCAGCCCAUCGGCGCGCUGUGGGAGGCGGAGCACGACCACCGCUUCUUUAAGGGCAAGGUGGACCGCGAGUACGAGAAGGCAGGCUGGCUGCACAACGCCUGUGCCGCUCUUGCGCGUGUGAGGGGGUGUGCCUCCGCCAGCCUCUUCCUGGACAUCACCAAGCUCUACGCGAGCCCACGGCACGACUUCCUGCGGCAGUGCGGAGUCGAGCAUGGCUUCGACUUGCGGGUACUUCGAGGUCUGCACGUGCUCUACCCGAGGCCGCGUAUCCUCCGCUUCGCUGGCAUGGCCACCAAGUCGUUCGCCUCCCUGCAGGGGGCGCUGGGCUGGAAGUGGGUCGCCUCCUCCGUGUUCCGCCUCUGCCCCCUCAGUGCUGCCAAGGCCCCCGCCCGCGCCUUGGGGCCCUUUGGGGCGCGGCAGCCUGGCGGGCACUGGGAAACGCAGGGCUGGACUUUCUGUAAGACCUUGCAGGCCAGGAACCUCAGCGCGGGCGCCGCCUCGCGGGGCGAAGAGUGCAUGAGAGCCGAGUACGAGCUCCUGGAGCCGUGGGCGGAGCGCACGGGCCGCCUCCGUGCCGCGGGAGUGGAGCUGGACCCGAUCCACAAGGCUGGGCCUGCGGCCAGCGCGGCGUGGGGUCGCUCGGGGCGCCUGGGAACCGCUGGGAGCGCCGCCGUCUGGCGCAUUGCGGCCGCCGCCCGUGAGUGAGUGAAAGUCGGCAUCGGUGAGGCUCGCGCCUGUUGCUCCCUGUGGUGAGUAGGCCCGCGCUGCUCUCGGUGCCCCCUGGGGCUCGGCGUCUCUCGGGAACUCUGUCCCGCCUGGCCCUGCCCGUAAUUAGUCGUGCACGCCCCGACGCCUUCAAGGCCCCGCCUUUAAACUUUAAACUU